AUGUUUCUUUAUUUAUUGAGUAUUUUAUCGUUAAUUGUGCAAGCCGUGUUUGUUACACUAGCUAUAGCGGCUGGACUGUACUAUUUAGCAGAACUAGUUGAAGAAUACACUGUAAUGGCAAAAUAUGUAAUAUCAUGGACCGUGGUGGCAACAACGGUUAUCCAUCUAGCAUUAAUUGCAUUUGAAGAUAUACCCCUAUAUCUUAAUGGCUUGGGCCUACUGCAGCAGCUGUUCCACGCGUUCCUAUUGAGGGACUUCCCCGUUUUUAGACUAACAAGUGUGACAUUUAUAUGCGCAGUACUAAAUUUAAUACUCCACCAUUACUGCGCGUUUAAGUAUUUUGGUAGUAUGUACUAUGGAUUUUCUGAGGUGCUGGCAUAUUUUACUCUUUGCUUAUGGGUUGUGCCGUUCGCUCUAUUUGUAUCGUUGUCAGCAAAUGACUAUGUGUUGCCGACUACUGGGGAGAGGCAACAUCUUCUAGGUGAAAACAACGUAGUAACUGACUACCUGUCGCAGAAAGCGAAGAGGUACAGCCUUCUCUCGUUCUUCAGUUUUGCAAAAGAUUCAAUAUUGCCACAGAGACAUAAGAAAGCUUUCUAA